GCCAUUUGCUAGCUAGCCUCUUACAGUAGUCUGUGUUGUUCGUCGGUCUCUGUGUGUGUUUGAUGAGGUGUGGAGGAAAGAGGAGAUGUGGUCCUUUUUUGCCAGGGAUCCUGUCAAAGACUUUGCUUAUGAAAUUCUUCCAGACACCCAAGAAAAGUCUGGAAUAUGGACUUUACAUCGGGGGAAGCGAAAGACCAGUGGAGAGCCGGUCUCUGUGUUUGUGUACGAGGUAGCACAGGGUACAGAGCUGCAAACCCAGCUGGCCAAGGCUGCCUUCAAGCGUAUGAAGACCCUGCGUCACCCCAACAUCCUGGCCUAUGUGGAUGGAUUAGAGACAGAGAAGAGCCUGUACCUGGUUACUGAGCAGGUGACACCUCUGGCAGUCCACCUGAAGGCCCAGGCAGAGAAGGGCGGUGUUGGGGAACUGGAGAUCUCCUGGGGACUGCACCAGAUAGUGAAAGCUCUGAGUUUCCUGGUCAACGACUGCCACCUGCUUCAUAACAACUUGGGCGUGUGGGCUGUUUUUGUGGAUCGAGCUGGAGAGUGGAAGCUAGGGGCCCUUGACCAUGUGGUCCCUGAGCAGGGCGACCCAAGUGGGGUCACACUCCCUGCCCCGAAGGCUGUUUACCCAGACAUGGAGAAAUAUGACCCACCAGAGAUGUCCAACAGCAGUGGAGAGAAAUGGGCAGGGGAGGUGUGGCGGCUAGGCUGCCUGAUCUGGGAAGUGUUCAAUGGGCCACUACCUCGCACGUCCUCCCUCCGUUCACUAGGAAAGAUCCCCAAGGCUCUGGUCCCUCAUUACUGUGAGCUGGUGGGGGCCAACCCCCGGGCUCGGCCCAACCCAGCACGCUUUCUCCAGAACUGUAGAGCCACUGGGGGAUUCCUCAGCAACAGCUUUGUGGAGAGCAACCUUUUCCUGGAGGAGAUACAGAUCAAGGAUCCAGCCGAGAAGCAGCAGUUCUUCCAGGAUCUGAGUGAAAAUUUGGACUCCUUCCCCGAAGACUUCUGUAAACACAAAGUUCUGCCUCAGCUGCUCACCGCCUUUGAGUUUGGCAAUGCUGGUGCUGUCGUUCUCACACCGCUGUUCAAGGUAGGGAAGUUCCUUUCAGCAGAAGAAUACCAACAAAAGAUCAUCCCAGUCAUCGUGAAGAUGUUUUCCUCCACAGACCGAGCCAUGAGGAUACGACUGCUGCAGCAGAUGGAGCAGUUCAUUCAGUAUCUGAACGAGGCAGCAGUCAACUCGCAGAUUUUUCCCCACGUUGUUCACGGCUUCACAGACACCAACCCCGCCAUCAGAGAACAGACUGUUAAGUCUAUGUUGCUACUGGCUCCCAAACUGAAUGAGACCAACCUGAACCAGGAGCUCAUGCGUCACUUUGCCCGGCUGCAGGCCAGAGAUGAACAAGGCCCAAUCCGGUGCAACACCACUGUCUGCCUGGGCAAGAUCGCCUCCUACCUCAACGCCGGGACUAGACAGCGUGUUCUGGUUUCUGCCUUCUCACGAGCAACUAAAGACCCGUUCCCAGCUUCACGCUCCGCUGGUGUGCUGGGCUUUGCCGCCACUCACAACUACUACAGUGUAACGGAGAUCGCUGCCCGCAUCCUCCCCACCCUCUGUGCCAUCACUGUGGACCCUGAUAAGAGCGUCAGGGACCAGGCAUUCAAAGCCAUCAAGAGUUUCCUUUCCAAGCUGGAGACCGUGUCAGAAGACCCCACCAAGCUGGCCGAUAUAGAGAAGGAUGUAUCGUCAUGUGCUCAAGCUGCAGGUGCCUCCUCUAGCUGGGCCGGCUGGGCCGUGACUGGCAUGUCUUCGCUAACGUCUAAGUUGAUCCGCAACGCUCCAGGGACAGAAGGGGGUGCAGCAGCUGAGGGCAGCGGGCCCGCCACCAGCCCUACUAGUGCCACAGACACAGCACCUGCACCUGGUUCUGAAGAUAACGCUCCGCAAGCCUCUCUGAGUCACCACGCUGCCUCCAGUAGUGCCAACCAAUCACAGACUCUUGAAGUAACGGACAAUGAUGAUGAGCCAAAAGGGGACCGCUGGGAUGACGAGGAGGACUGGGGAAGUUUGGAGGAGCCAGAGAAAGCUCAUGCAGAGCCCGAUGAUUGGAGCACUGACUGGUCAGGAAUGGCAUCAUCGAAAAAGAAGGCCAGUGACAGAGGAGUGGGCCGGUCGUCCUCCUCCGUGACAGUGAAAAAGCAGAGCUCUGACUGGAGCAGCUCAGGCUGGGACGCUGACGACAGCUGGUCUAACGAGAAGGAAGGCCAGGGUCAGAGCUCUGCGGGCGAGGAGGGCUGGGGCAAUGACUGGGGGGAGGAGGAGACGGACACAACCUUGGUCAACAAGACGCUCCCCCUGCCUGAUGGGGUGCGGUUAGCCAGCGAGUACAACUGGGACACCAGCAACACAUCGAAGGGAGCCAGUCAGAACGACCUGUUCGCCAGCGUGUCCCAAAGAAACACAGCCAGUACUGCUGCCACAAUGACCGGAGACAGCUGGGGUGCAGAGGCAACAGGAGACUGGGCAGCGGAGGAGAGCUGGGAGUCAGUGGAUGGAAGCCAGGGUCUCAGCAAGGCCGAGUUGUCCAAGAAGAAACGGGAAGAGAGGAGGAAAGAGCUGGAGGCAAAACGGGCGGAGCGCAAAGCUGCUAAAGGUCCUCUCAAACUGGGCGCACGCAAGCUGGACUGACGAGGGUGGAGAUUGAGAGGGAGGAACAUGGACCGCAGUCACUGAUCCCAGAGCAGUAGAUGGACGCUCAACAUUCCACAAGUAAAGGACCAGAAAGAAGUGUUAGAAGUGAAACUGUGAGAAGUUGCUUCUGCUGAGUAGAUGAUCAGCCUCUAAAGAACUGACAGAGGGGGGAAAAAGCAACAGUCCAGUUCUUUAUGAAUGCAGUGUUGUGGAUGGAAGAGCUAAAACAAUGGAAAACAAAAGCAGAGACAUAAGAGUGGAAAACAAAACCCAGAGAGACAUGAAGCAGCACAGAGCAGCAGCAGUUACAGAAGAAGUGAUUUAACAACAUGUCACUCUGGUUGUUGUUUUUUUCAUUACUCAUAAAGUUGCAGUUGUAAAGUAAAUGUAUAUAAAUGGUGCAUCUUGUCCUAAAAUGACAUGAAGAAAUAACACUUUUUAAAAAAACAGAUAAACAUAUAUAACAGAAUUUCAGAAUCAAACUUAUUAUUAUACUGAAAGUUUUUCAGUACACACACACACACACACACACACACACACACACACACACACACACACACAGUGGAUAUGAAUGUUUUAGUUCAGCUUUCACUUAAUUACAGAUUUAAGAUGUAAAAUCAGUCCAUGCAUGCACUUGUGUAUUUGUACGGCAUAACACGCUCCAUAGCACGAAAUUACAACUGCUGAGUUUACUUUGCACAUACCACACUGUAUUUUAUUGUACUGAACUGGCCUGACAGGUGAGUUUUUGGACUGGUUUCAGAUCUGUAAAUGAGAAACAUGCACUGCAGACACAUAACAGAGCAGCUGGGACAUGGACAUAACAUUGUUAAAUAGAAGCUGGACACCAGGUUUCAAGGGGAAAUCAAUUUGUGCAUUUACAUGCCGUUUUCUGUGUCCCAUGAGCUGUAGUGCUGGGGUGGAGGGUUUAUGAAAUCAGAGUUUUAUUUGGAAGGUCUUGUUAUAUAUUUAUACCUGUAUAAUCCUACAGAUCUCACCAAAACCCUUUGGAAUCAUUUGAGGAUAUUAAUAUUUAUCCUGCAGUUAUUUUAGUCAAUAUUGGGUGUGGUCUGGGUAAAGGAGACGUUUCUUUUACUCUUUUAUUUGUGCCUUUAUUUAAUUACAGAUCUGCUCCGUAGGAUCAUAAGAACCCCCCAAUUUCAGCAGAAAAUUUCAAAAGUGGACCUGAGAUGCCUCAAACCAGCAGAUUCUGUUUCCAUCAAACCUUUCAGUGUGACCCCAUAUCUCCUGUUGUAUAUGGUGUUGUUAGGUUGGGUGUUAUAAUACAAAAUGCUGUAUAGAUAAGCCAAGUGACGCAAUCAAUAGCCAUCACCAUUGGAGCUAAUGUCCUGGUAUGGGGUGGUCAGGACAGGUCAGGAACUAUGCUGCAUUAUUCUGAAGAAAGCUGGAGGGGAUGUUUUUCAGAGAAUCCAAAUCAUGUAGCAUGUGAGCUAUUGUAAAAUAAAACGUAUGUUUCUUCCUUA